UUUCCCACAAAAAGGAUUUGCGAGCUUUGAUCUCAAUUACAAGAAAGAGGGAUUGAUAUUAUUUGUAGCAACGAUGGUCACUGCAUUUAUUGCUUUGUUCAGUUUUCUAUGCAUAACCUGCAAAGCCAUGAGGCGAGACAUGCAUUUGUGUGCCUCACUCAUCGAAAAGUCGGAAGCGACCCAACGAGCUGAGAAAAAGAAUAAGAAUAAGAGCAAUGCUCUUGCAAGUGCAAGCCAUGAUGUUCGUGCUUCUCUCGCAGGCAUCACCGGUUUGAUAGAUAUUUCUUAUGACUUAGUGGACUCCGGUUCAGAAUUGAAGACCAAUUUGAAACAAAUGAGUAGUUGUACCCAUGACUUACUAGGACUGUUGAAUUCUAUACUUGACACAAGCAAAAUAGAGUCAGGGAAAAUGCCUCCUGAGGAAGAGGAAUUUGAUGUGUUCCUUCUCCUAGAAGAUGUGGUUGACUUUUACUAUCUCGUGGCUAUGAAGAAACGAGUAGAUAUUGUAUUGGACCCUUGUGAUGGUUCUGUCAAGAGAUAUUCACGCGUGAAAGGUGACAGGGGAAAACUGAAACAAGUUUUGAGUAAUUUGCUGAGCAAUGCUGUUAAAUUUACUAAUGAGGGGCACAUAGCGGUUCGUGCAUGGACUAAGAAGCCAAGAUUGCAGAACUCAACAGUCACUUGUAGCCAAUGGAGUUUCAAGAAAUCUUUAUCACACUUAUUUCGUGACAAAAAGGAAGCACGCGGUGACAUGGAAACCCUGCAUUCAAUCCGAGAAGAACCACGUUUCAUGGAUUUUAUAUUUGAAGUGGAUGACACGGGAAAAGGAAUUCCUAAAGAGAAUUACAAGUCUGUGUUCGAGGAUUAUGUCCAAGUUAAAGAAACUGCUUUGGGCCAAGGAGGAACUGGCUUGGGACUUGGGAUUGUGCAGAGCUUGGUGCGUUUGAUGCAUGGAGAUAUUGAAAUUAAAGAGAAGGAUACCGGUGAAAAAGGAACAUGUUUCAGGUUCAAUGUGCUUCUUACAUGUGAGAAUGAGACAAUGAUCGAUGGUAGCACAAUGGACGAUAUUGAGUGUGGAUCAAGAGACAAAAUCCAAGCUCAGGAGCAAACAAUGCAUGCUACGAGUUCUAGCUUUAGAGCAUGUUCCAUGAGUCCUAGGUUACAUAUUUUCAGCUCUAGUCCUAAGCCUGAGCCUUCUCUCGUGGUUCUUUUCAUCGUUGACAAGGAGCGUCAAAGAACAUCACAAAGGUUCAUGGAGAGGAUAGGGAUCAAAGUUAAAGUUGUAAAUUCAGAGCAAGAUUUGUUGGAUACUCUUAAGAAGAUCAAGCAAAAGCAUCAAUAUUCUGAUGAGUCUUCAGAUUUGAGUUCUCAAUCAACAUCUCAUAAUUCUCCUGUUAUAUCCACAAGAGUUCCUUUGAGUUCUAUGGAUGUAAUUGAGAACAUGCCUUUAGUUUUCAAGAAGACAGAUAUUGGAGCUACCCCUGGCUUCAUCCUUAUUGUGAUUGAUUCUCUUGCACCACAAUCUUUUGAGCUUUACCAGAAUGUAUCUAGCUUCAAAAGAAAGCUCUGCAACCACUGUAAGGUGGUUUGGUUGGUCAAGCCUUUUGCGCGUAAUACCAACUUCAAUGUCAUUGAUCAAAAUGACAUUGUUAUAUCCAAACCAUUUCAUGGUAGUCGUUUGUUUCAAACCAUAAAGCUUCUUCCUGAGUUUAUUGAGAGAAAUUCAUUGAGGACUUGUGAGGAUUCAAGCAUGUCAAAAUACAGGUCUCCAACAAAUAAUGGAAGCACAUUUCAAAGUGGUGAACAAAUUUGGAAGGGAAGUCGACCUUAUCAAGGAGAAAUACAAGAAUGUGGGGACUCAUCAGGGUGUAAGAAACCCUUGAGUGGUAAGAAGUUUUUGGUUGCUGAUGACUCUGAUUUGUUACGCAAGGUAGCUUCAGCUACUUUGAAUUCUCUUGGUGCAACUAUUGAGGAGUGUGAGAAUGGUCAACAAGCUGAGCAACUAGUGGCUGAAGCUCUGUCUCGGAAUUUUCGUAAUCCUCCUUAUGAUUACAUCUUAAUGGAUUGUCAGAUGCCAGUAAUGGAUGGGCUUCAAGCAACAGAGCGGAUACGAGAGAUGGAGAAACGGUAUGGUGUCCACAUUCCUAUCAUUGCAUUGACUGCAUGCACUGAAAAAAUGGCGGUAGAGACUGGAAUAGACUAUCAUAUAGUCAAGCCAAUUAAGGGAGAGAAUUUACUUGAAGCCAUCAAAUGUAUACAUGCCAAUACCUCAUAAAUGCCUGAAUAUUUUUGCGCAUUUUAAUGUUAAUUCUGUACAUUUUGAAGAAUAAGAAUUUUAAAUUUAAUCCAUGCAGCCAAAAGAGAUGCCAUAUUAAUUGAACCAAAAAAAAUGUAUUGCUAAUUGAUUU